CGGAAAUGUUAACAGUGACACCUUCCUUCGUUUUUCCUUCCGAUGCAAUUUCCGUCCCUAAAAUUUGAGGGGCGAUCUUUUGGGAUUCUUCUCACAUCAACAGGUUUAUCUUUUCCAGUUAUCCGAUAAUCCUUGGAGGGAUGAUUAUCCGUUUGCGAUGAAAAAUAAUUAGCAUCAUCUAGAUCUAACCUUUGACAGCAAUUGAAGUAACCAGAAGCUCUGAGGUUUUCUAGGAUGGUUCGUCGAUGCACAUUAGAGCAGAGGGGGCGAGCUAACUGGCGUCGUUUGUUGUAGUUGACUGUUCACCAAACGUAUGGAGUCUCCCAGUGUUGAGGCCGCAGAAGGAGUGGCGAUGGGGCUCUCUUCGCCGUACCAGAUUGUUAUGUCUUGCCUUAAAUUCGUGUUUUUCCUUGGUCGUUUUUGAAAUUUCGUUAUACCUGGAGUUGUGAAAGGGAGAUCCGUAGUAGGAUUUGUUAUGUCUCUGUUUGCUGUGCCUGGGAUGAGUUCCUUCAAACCAGCGUCUGUGCUUAUAAUAGCUAUUGUUGCCGUGGCAGUAGGGUGAGUUAGGAUAGCGGUAGAACCCCAAUUCUCUUCUUGGGGAUUCCUCGUCAUUUCUUAAGAAUCUGCCUGUUGCAUAUCUUGAGAAUCUGGAUGAAAAUUUACCAAAUUGAUAAUGAAAUUUCAAUGAGAUAAGCAGUAGCACUGGGCAUUGCACUAGAGAUAGAGCUAUUGUCGAUUGGUGGAUGUUGUAGAAGAAACUAGGAUAUCAGGGAGUUCAAGGCGUACCCCAUAUGGCUUUGCCCACACAGAUUUUACAGGCUCCUGUUGAAAACCAUGAUAUAUCUGAAUCCUAGAUUUGAGCUGCGCAAAAGGCAAGGCGACAGGAGCUAUGCCCAAAUGUACACUGAUAUUGGAGUGUACUACGCACCUGGCCCUGUCCUUAGAGGUGAUGUCUUUGACGGUUCAUUGGCAGUGUGGCGUUUGGAGAAUCGGUUGAUUGAGAACCACAGGUUCCAACCACAAGAUGCAGCGUCUGAGUUGUCGGAAAAGAGCUUCUCGAGGAUGUUUGAUGUUGGGCUCUAUGACCACUGCAGGCACAAGUAUAAAGCCAUAGGCACCUUCAUGAGUGUGUAAUACAAGUCAAAGAAGGGAAUGAAGUCAAAGAAGGAAGUCCAAGAGGCUGAACAAGAGAAACCCGAAGUAGAGACCCCUGAUGCUAAUUGAUUAAUUAGCCAUAGACUAUUGGUGUUUGGUGUUGAUUUAUGGCCAUUUAUUGGUUCCGUAGUUUCUACUUGUUUGGCAUUGGUUCUCUUUUUUUACUUGUUUGUGUGUGAGUGAUGUGGGUGGCUUUUCGAUUUACAUUAGAGGUCAGAAUGCCAGUGGGGUCUAAUACAUGUUUAUAAAAUUUGCCACAUUUUUUGUGUGUCCCUUCAUAAAGUUCAUUUUAUUUUAUUUCGUAUUUUUGUAAAUUACAAUAUGUGUAUUUAAAUAUUGUAUUCAU